UGUAACAAACAUUUUGCACGAGCCUUUAAUUUACAAACACAUAUAGCCACUCAUAAAGGAAUCAAACCAUUUAAAUGUCCUACACCAAAUUGUUCAAAAUCGUUUUCUCGUCGUCAUGAUUUAUCUCGUCAUUUAAAUUCAUUACAUUCUGAU